AUGGAGACGCCCACACCUCUUGCCAUCGUCGGCAUGGCCUGCCGUACAUCUGGCGAUGUACGGACUGUCGAUGAGUUCUGGACCAUGCUGUCCCGCUCUCGACACGGCUCAGGCCCUAUCCCGAAGAACAGAUACAACGCCGACGCCUACUACCACCCGAAUCCCCAAAAGAAAGGUACCUUCAACCAGGUUGGAGGCUACUUCAUCGACAGGGACUUUUCCGUUUUUGACGCGCCCUUUUUCAACAUUACCAAGCAAGAAGCUAGUUCCAUGGACAUCAACCAGAGACAACUCCUAGAAUGCACAUACGAGGCCUUGGAGAACGCCGGUCUGCCCAAGGGAAAGAUCUCGGGCCAAAAGAUGGGUGUCUUCAUUGGAACGAAACGAGCCGACUAUCGUACCGGGAGUUUACAGGAUCUUAACCAAGUCGAGAUGUUCGAAGCGACGAGUGGCCACAGCUCCAUCCAAGCCGGCCGUAUUUCAUACUACUUCAACCUCAAUGGCCCUUCAUUCUCCGUGGACACUGCCUGCUCCUCGAGCCUGCACGCCAUGCAUGCCGCAGUCCAAAGCAUACGAAGUGGCGACUGCAGCUCUGCCAUUGUUGCUGCCAGCAACCUGUAUAUGAACCCUGACGACCUGAUUCAAAUGUCCAUGCUGGGCCUCUUUACCCCGACUGGCAAGACGUACGCUUUCGAUCACAGAGGGAAGUCUGGUUUCGCGUGCGGCGAGGGCGUCGGCUGUAUCGUCAUCAAGCCUCUCGCCCAUGCCAUCCGCGAUAACGACAAGAUCCGCUCCAUAAUUGUGAACUCUGGAAUCAACCAAGACGGCAAGACCGUUGGCCUGACUUCUCCGAGUGCUCAGCAGCAAGAGAAACUCAUGCGUGAGGUCUAUGCCCGCGCCAACAUCAGCCCCAGGGACGUUGGUUUCGUCGAGGCUCACGGCACAGGCACCAAGGUCGGCGAUCCGUUGGAGGCCACUGCGAUUCACAACUUCUUCGGUGAGGGCCGCACCAAGCGCUCUCCGCUCUACCUCGGCUCUGUCAAGACCAACAUUGGCCACCUUGAGAAUGCCAGUGGCUUGCUCUCCGUCAUCAAGUCCACUCUCAUGCUGGAGCGCAACUUUAUCCUGCCCAACACCAACUUUGAGAAGGCAAACCCUGCCAUCCCCCUCGACGAGUGGAACAUCAAGGUUCCUACAAGCAUUCGGCCCUGGCCCAAGGGCAAGCGCUUUAUCAGCAUCAACAAUUUCGGUUUCGGCGGCUCCAAUGCCCAUGUCGUACUCGAAAAGGCUCCUCUCUCGCAGGUCGCCAAGGAUCUUGCCAUCGAAGCCAAUGACGACAAAGUCGUGCCCAGACUCUUCGUGAUGUCCGGCAACGAUGAAGGCGCCGCGAAGCGCAAUGCCACUGCUAUUGGUAUCUACACAGAGCAGCACCCCGAAGUGUUCCAGAAGCGCAUCAUCCGCGACAUGGCGUACACCCUGGGUGAGCGCAGAACACACCAUAGCUACCGUCUGGCAUUCACUUGCGGCAGCUUUGAUGAGCUUGUGUCUACUCUGAACUCGGAAGCCAUGAUUCCCACCGUUGCAACCACAGAUGCCCUGAAGCUGGCGUUUGUGUUCACCGGACAAGGUGCUCAAUGGCCGCAGAUGGGCAAGCAGCUCCUCAAUACUCACCCUGUUUUUGCCAAUACGAUCAAGACGGCCUCGGACUACUUGGAGAGCAUUGGCGCUGAGUUCUCGCUCCUGGAAGAGCUGGUGCGGGACAAGAGCGAAUCAAUCGUCGGACUCGCUCAUGUUUCGCAGCCAAUCUGCACUGCUGUCCAGCUUGGUCUUGUCGAACUGCUCAAGACAUGGAACGUCAAGCCUUCAAUGGUGAUUGGCCACUCUUCUGGAGAGAUGGGUGCGGCCUACGCCGCUGGUGCCAUUACCUUGCAGGAAGCCAUGGCUGCGGCGUACUACCGUGGCCAUUACGCUGCGCAGAUGAAGCAGCGCAACCCAGACCUCCGCGGUGCGAUGCUUGCUGUUGGUGCCGGCCCUGUCGAAAUUAAGAGCAUCAUCAAAUCCAUGGGGCUCUUUGGCGUAACUGUGGCUUGCGAGAACUCUCCCAACUCCAUCACUGCUUCUGGUGACGAGGCUCACAUCGACUUGCUCGCUUCGGAAUUGGAGAGGCGCAGCAUGUUCAACCGCAAGCUCCGCGUCGAGAUGGCUUAUCAUUCGCCUCACAUGAAGCUUGUGGCCGAUGACUAUCUGUCGGCUAUCAAGAACAUGGCACCAGUUCCGACCGAGGGAGUGGAAUUCUACUCUUCGCUCCUGGGCUCAAAGCUUGGGAGCACUGCUGCCCUCGGCGGCCAGUACUGGGUGGACAACCUGACGAACCCCGUCCGCUUCUCGUCGGCGUUUGCUGAGCUCUAUCAGACUGGAAAGCCUGAUAUCAUUGUCGAACUUGGCCCACACGCUGCUCUUGAGGGCCCGAUCAAGCAGAUUCUCAAGGGAAUCAGCCCACAGGCGGCUGCCAAUGCGAAGUACUUCUCUGCUCUGAUGCGCAAUCAAGAGGCUACCACCACAGCCGUCAAGCUGGCAGGCAACCUAUGGAGUCGGGGUCACCCCAUUGACUUUUCGGCUGUCAAUCUGACACUGCCAGGCCAGGAGAAGCCGUCUUUGAUCUCGGACAUGGCGCCUUAUUCGUGGUCGGAGCACAAGUACUGGGCCGAGUCACGAGCUGGAAAGAACCGUCGCCUCAAGCCAUUCCCACGUCAUGAUCUGCUCGGCGUUCUGGAUGACUUCUGCAAUGAGGAUGAGCCUACCUGGAAGAGUGUCAUUACUACAGACGACAUUCCCUGGACCAAGGAUCACAAGAUGCAGGGAUUGCCCACGUUUCCCCUCUCCGGUUACAUUACCAUGGCGACGGAGGCAGCUUCACAGCGUGCCCAGCUUCGCGGCAUUGCAGUGGAGGAUGUCGCCGCAUUCCGCAUGCGUGACAUCAAGGUUACCAAGGCCUUGAUUCUGGACGAGAACAGCAGCUACGACUUGCGCUUCAGCUUGAAAGCAUACGCCGAAGGCCUGGGUUCAUACUCGGAUGAGUGGGAUUCGUUCCACAUCUCUUCUUGGACGCAGUCUCGUGGCUGGCUCGAGCAUUGCCGUGGUCUCGUCGGUAUCAAGAAGAAGAGCUCCGCCAACCUUGUUCGGCCUGUGACUCAUGACGCGGCUGUGAGCCGCAGGGCAUUCAUUGCUGGCAGCGACGCCAAGAUCAUUGAUGUCGAGCGUUUCUACAGCGAGUUGGAGGUCAAGGGUGCUGGCUACUCAGGCAGCUUUGACAGCAAGGAGGAGGGAAGCCUUCGAGUGUUCGAGAACAUGUCGAGUUGCUCUCUUGCCAUCAAGGACACUGCUCAGUGCAUGCCCUACCAGUACGAGACCAAGAGCAUCGUUCACAGCGCCUUCCUGGAUACCGUGUUCCAAUCCGUCUUCCUCAACCUCGGUGCUGGCCAGGGAGACAUGCCACACCUGUUUAUGCCUGCUGCCGUCAACGAGCUUGAAAUCACGCCGGAAUCGCCCAACGCCGUCGGAGAGGUUGUUGAGGUUGUCACCAAAUGCCCCGAAACCAUGCCACCCGGUGCUGUGGACUUUGACAUUGACGUCUGGCAGAAGAGCCCUACGGCACCCGUCAUUUCUGUCCGCGGGUUCAUGAUGAACCCCUUGUAUGGCGAUGUGUUUGAAGGUCAAGAGCCUCGCUCGCUGUGCUAUGAUGUUAAGUGGGAGUUGCUCGCUGAGCAAAAGGCAAAGGGUGGUGUUCUGGAGGCCAGUGGUCAGUCUAAUGGUCAUGCCAACGGCCUUUCAAAUGGACACGCGAAUGGUCACUCCAACGGUCACUCCAACGGUCACUCCAACGGUCACUCCAACGGUGAUGCCAAUGGCUACUCAAAUGGCCACACCAAUGGCCAUACCAACGGCGUCACCAAUGGACACUCCAAUGGUGUCGUCAACGGGCAUGCCAAGGUUCACACCAACGGACACGUCAACGGACACGCAAGUGGUGAGACCAAUGGCAAUGCACAGAGUCUCGUCAAUGGUACUUCGAAUGGCCAUACCAAUGGACACGUCAACGGGCACUGCAAUGGCCACUCCAAUGGGUACGUCAAUGGCCAUGCCAACGGGCACUCCAACGGUCAUAUCAAUGGGCACACCAAUGGGUAUGCAAAUGGACAUGCCAAUGGUCACGGCAAUGGUCAUGUCAAUGGUCAUGUCAAUGGUCAUACCAACGGUCACACCAAUGGCCACACCAAUGGACAUGCAUAUCCCAACAUGGUUGACUUGAGCGACACUCCAAUCACCAUCAUCUGUGAUGCUGGAAAGACGCCAUUGGUCUCUGCAUUGGCGGAUCUCAUUGAGCUCCAGACUGGUGGUCAGAUGCCAACCAUCACCAGCCUUGCCGACGUGGAGAUCUCGUCUGCCACGAGAUACAUCUGCCUCAACGAAGUGUACCGACCUGUUCUUCACAACAUGGUUGGCACUACCUUUUCCCAUGUGCAAAAGCUGCUGUUGAACUGCUCCUCUAUGCUCUGGGUUGGUGCCGGCGCAUACCACACUGCCAAGAACCCGUUGAACAACCUCGCUCAAGGCAUGAUGCGAACCAUUCGCUCCGAAUCUAGCAAGGUUGCCGGAACUUUGGACCUCAACCCCAAGUCGACCCUUCAUCCUGUUGAUCAAGCUCAGUUGAUCAUCACUGCCAUGAAGACAACUCUGGAGACACCGGAAGACGACGCCCCGAUCGACUUCGAGUUUGCUGAGAAAGAUGGCAAGCUGUUUGUGCCUCGUGUCUAUGACCAGAACGAUGUCAACCUUGAGCUCUUCCGUGCCACUCAGCCUUCCCGUCCCUACUCCCAAGACUUUUCGCAGCCCGGACGCCGUCUCAAGCUGGCUGUUGGUACCUACGGUGCACUUGAUUCCCUGUACUGGAAGGACGAGGAAGAGUACGUGCUUGGUGAAGACGAAAUCGAGAUCAAGGUUGCUGCCACCGGCAUGAACUUCAAGGACGUUGUCAUUGCCAUGGGCCAGCUUGCUAGCCCUUACCUUGGAGUUGAGUGUGCUGGUACCGUCUCGCGCGUCGGAUCCCAUGUCAGCUCGCUCAAGAUUGGGGAUCGUGUCUGUGCCAUGACGCAUGGUGCGUAUGGAACCUACGCCCGCUGCCCUGCGACCAGUGCAGGCAUCAUUCCCGAAGGAAUCGACUUGGCGACCUCUGCCUCCAUUCCUGUCGUCUACUGCACCGCAUACUACGGUCUCGUUGAUCUGGCUCGCCUGGAACCUGGCGAGAAGAUUCUCAUCCAUGCUGCCUCUGGUGGUGUUGGUCAGGCUGCCAUCCAGCUUGCACAGAUGAUUGGCGCAGAGAUCUUUGCCACGGUCGGCAGCCUCGACAAGAAGCAGCAUCUCAUGAUAGAGUAUGGCAUCGAGGAAGACCACAUCUUCUACAGUAGAGACACUUCAUUCGCUUCGGCGUUGAGAGAUGCCACUGGUGGUAAGGGAGUGGAUGUCGUCAUCAACUCGCUUGCCGGAGAUCUGCUGCGAGAGACUUGGUCGUGCCUUGCUCCCUUUGGCCGUUUCAUCGAGAUUGGGAAGAGGGACAUCAACUCCAACACCCGGCUGGAGAUGGCCAAGUUUGAGUGGAACUGCACCUUCAGCUCGGUGGACUUGACCAAGGUCGGUGACUUGAGACCCAAGACUAUGGGACGCAUCUUCCGCGAUGUUAUGGAGCUUCUAGGAAAGAAAGUCAUCAAGCCCAUCGGUCCCAUCUCAACGGUCAGCAUCGGCGAGGUCGAGUCUGCUCUGCGCAAGCUUCAGAGCGGCAAGACAACGGGCAAGGUAGUUGUCAACCACGAGCUGGGCGGAAAGGUCAACGCCACCCACCCCGAGCCCAAGACCGACCUGCUCAAGGCCGAUGCCACAUACAUCAUCAUCGGCGGUACCGGCGGUCUUGGUCGAUCCAUGUCCAAGAGAAUGGUGGAGCGAGGCGCGAGAAAUAUUGUGCUGCUUUCUCGCAGUGGCAAGAUGACGGCAGAACUGGUGAAGCUGAGUGCUGACUGUGAGCUCUCUGGUGCCAAGAUUCACGUCAUGUCCUGCGACGUGGCAGACCAGGCCAGCGUGAACGAGCUCAUCAUCCGGCUGUGCAGCUCGAUGCCUCCCAUUCGUGGUGUUGUCCAUGCUGCGAUGGUGCUGCGCGACACCUUGUUUGAGAACAUGUCGUUUGAGGAUUAUGAGGCUGUUGUCCGGUCCAAGGUUUCGGGAGGCUGGAACUUCCACAAUGCUCUUAUCGGCGCGCCUGUGGACUUCUUCAUCGUCCUGUCAUCGGUGGCGGGCAUCGUCGGUAACCGUGGCCAAGCCGCGUACGCCGCUGCCAACACAUUCCUCGACGCUCUAACUGUUCAUCGCCGCCAGCUUGGACUUGCUGCGACCUCUCUCAACCUGACGGCAGUUGAGGGUGUUGGUUACUUGGCUGAGAACUCGGCCAAGCAGUCGGAGGUGCUCAAGAACCUGUCGGGCAGCACGAUGGGUGAGAGUGAGGUGCUUGCGCUUGUGGAGGCAUCGCUUGACGGCAAGGUGGACACUUUCAGCAAUGGGCAGACGAUCACUGGCCUCGACCUGAGCGACGCCAGCAACUUCCCAUACUACGCUGCCGAUGCCAAGUUCAAGCCGCUACGCGAUGCUGCUCUUGCGGCGAGCGAGGCUGCUGGAGGCGCAGACGGCGCGGCCAACAUGCCCAUUGGCAAGCAGCUUGCGAAGCUCGGCACGGUGGACGAGGCCGUGGAGCUCGUGACGGCAGGCCUGCGGGAGAAGCUGGGUGCGAUUCUGAUGCUGCACCCGGAUGUCAUGGCGGCUAGGCAGGCGACGACGACCAUCACGGCGUUUGGGCUGGACUCGCUCAACGCGAUUGAGCUGCGCAACUGGAUCGGAAAGGAGUUGCAGGCACACUUGCAGGUGCUGGAGCUGUUGACCAGCGGAACGAUGGCUGAUCUGGCUUCGCAGAUUCUGCGCAAGAGUAGGAUUCAAGGUGUCUGGAGUGAAGAGAAGAAGGAGUGA